CUCGUCUUACAACACUCAGGAUUCAUCCAUCCAAAGAACUCGCUGUCCCGUGUCCUUUCCUCCGACGAACAAAGUCGGUCAGCGCUUAUCGCCGGAAAAAGCCUCUAAACGCCGAAUCGCCACCAGCCUCUAAGAAAAGCGACAAAGAGUGGCAGCCUGACCUGACAAAUCAACUCAGCCUUCUUUCACGUGCACUCAUCUUCCAUUAUCUUCCACAUCGCCUUUGGCCUCAGACUUCGUCAUUAAAAUCGCCCUCUCUUUCUCUCUCUCCUUUCUUUAUUGAUUCCCUUCGACCUUUUUUUUUUUCCUUUCGAAAUCUUGACUUACUCUUUAUUCGUGUCAAAACAAAUAGUAAAGUCACCAGAUCAGGCAUGACAACGCUACCUCCGCUUCAUAAUCAACACUACAAAGACUCCUUCGGGAUGAAUCGCUUACCCUCCGUGUCCAGCCUCAUGUCUCCUCCCGAACCAAAGCCGUUUGACAGCUUCAACUCUGGAUAUCCAUCGCUGACGAUGUCCUCAGAAAAUGUUGUCAAGUUGCCACCCAUCUCAGACGAUCGAAAACGCAGUCGGUCCGACAUCGACUUGCCCUCGCCACCAGUCACUCCAUAUGCAGGAAAUAAGAAAAGGAGGUCAAGUGCAGAACAAUUGGAGGCUGAGAUUGGUGGUAACAACAAUCGGGAUCCAGUACUCUUUCCUCGCAAUGAGCCAGCUUCCGAUGUCCACAGUGAUGAGCCUCUCUUUGGCCCAGUCCUUGCUUCUGCUGCUGAAGCAUUGAUUGACCAGCACAUGAACUCCCACAUGGAGCGAUUUCACAACAAGGUCAACAAGCCGACUCGCGAUGAAUAUAUGCUCGCCUUAUCCUGUGUACCUAUUGUAUCAACACAAUACAAUCGCAACCCAAUAGCUUGGGCGAGGGAAGAAAGGGAGACGCUGGAAAGACAAAUGGCAAUGAUGGAUCGUGUGGAAUACCGACCUAGUAACUUGAAGCGUCUGGCGCCUGCUCCAUCAAAGAAGACCACCAGCAACUCCCAACCGCGUCCUACCAAGGUCUCACGGCCUCGUCGGACGCCCAAGUCGACACCGCAACAACGUGUGCUUGACACUUUCGACAUUGAAUAUUCGCCGUCAACGAAGCCGCUGCGAACCAUUGGAACCAACAGAGAUGAUACCGAUUACAAUUCACUUAAGGAUUACUCUCCACCACUAGAGACUCUCGGAGGAAACACCAAGGGGCUCAAGGCAGACUGGAAGGGUCAAAUGCUUGAUCUCAGCAACGACCCAGACCGCAGCUUGCUGGACCCCGCCGAAAUCAGUCUCGCCGCCACUCUACGACUCUCAUGUGCAACUUACCUCUGCAGCAAGAGGAGGAUCUUUGAGGCUCGUGUCAAAGCUCUUAGUAUUGGCAAAGAAUUCCGAAAGACAGACGCCCAGCAAGCCUGCAAAAUCGAUGUCAACAAGGCUAGCAAGCUGUGGACGGCUUAUGACCGAGUUGGUUGGUUCAAACCCGAGCAUUUCAUCAAGUUUUUGAAGGCAUAAAUUUGUGCCCCUUCAUUUCAAUGGUACAGCUGGACUGUGCAGAUAUCCUUCUUACUCUUUUCUUUUUGACUAUCAGCAUCUCUAGACAAUUUGCAUCCAAAGGUCACUCCCCUUUUAUAUGAUUUGUUUUGCUUUGCAUAUGAUUGAUGAUUAUUUGGCAUGUAUCUGGCUUGUUUCCGGAGUUUGAUUCGUGGGAUUUUUCACUCAUCGAGCGUUUAUACCACCUCAUGUGAUACGGCAUUCUUGUUGCAUUGUUCUUAUGGCUUUCCCUGCCUGAGACUCUGGCUUGUUUUGGAGUUUUUGCAUACCAAUUUGAUCCAUAUUACUCCUACUUCUUUUGUUUCGUAACAGAUUAGCUGGCCCGUUGUAGCUGAAAUAGAAUAUAACCCAGAUUGACAUAU